AUGAAGUCUACUUUGGCCAGAUUCCGCGCAAAGUUCACAGGAAAAAAUGUACCGUGGGUGCGGAGAAUCGUCGAUCAGUAUGUCGCAUAUGUGGAGGAGCACCAUUCGGAACUGAAAGUGCACAAGACACCUUACGCGAAAUUUCAUGGAGAUCCUCAUGCAUCACCAAAGACGAAUGAUCCGUUCCACGCAUCUGUAGCCUUUCGCAAGAAAAAGGACUUCAAGGGAUCUGGCUUCUCGCUACAUGUGUAUCCUGACGGAACAGUAAUAGCGUCGAAAUCAGGGUUCCCAUCCUUGCAGAUGCCUUCCGCUACAGCCGAAGAACUAGGAGAUAAUGCAUAUUGGCUUAACCCACAGUACGUGCAGCAAUGGAAGGCGCAAAACGAGGCCAGCAGCUCGAAUCAGUCCAGUUCCCGUGGCGGACAAAGCUCCCCUAGCCGUGGCAGUAGCAGCGACAAGGCUACGGGGAAGGCUAAAGCUUCCGAUAAGGCGGGAUACCAACAAGAUCCAACAACAGGGGCGAUCUACCGCUAUUUGGAGAACAGUGCUGCCGUGUACUUGCACCCCAAAUAUCAGAGAGAGUACUAUUAUGACGAAGAGGGGACAACAGUAUGGUUAUGA